CAGCUGACCAACCGUGCCGCUCUUUCGUUCGUUUAGACCACACGUCACGUCAGUGUGAUUGUUUUUUGAGAUCUGUACUAGCUAGCUAGCCAGCCAUUUUAGCUAUUUAACAACAACAGUGUAUUUGAUCAACACUACCCUACUCCAAGGACGAAUAGAAGUCACUACGCUAAAAAUAAUGAAUAUGUUACUGGGUUUUCACAGGGGAUAAUGUCCCAUCUCUGAAGAUGGGAGGCAGUGGGUCCAAGGUGAAAGGUGCUUGGCCAUUUGCUGGUUCAGGAGCUGGAGGUGAUUCAGGAAGCGAGGGGCAAGAAGACCAGUCUUUGACCCGCCUCAAAGGGACCAGAAAAUCAACCCCAUUUAUUUUCACAAGGAGGAGCUCUCUUUACUAUGAUGAGGAUGGGGACCUGGCUCAUGAGUUCUAUGAAGAGACUGUGGUGACAAGAAAUGGCCGGAAGAGGUCCAAGCUGAAGAGGAUUCAGAAGAACCUCAUACCUCAGGGAAUUGUGAAGCUGAACCACCCCCGGAUCCAUGUAGAUUUUCCUGUCAUCCUCUGUGAGGUGUGAAUCACAUUGGGCUGGUCAAUGUGGAAAAGAUACCUGUCAGUCAAAGGCUGCCCCACACUACAACUGCUCCAUCUUGAACGCUGGUGUUCCUCUGAGAAGAUGGAUGAGAUGUCUGACUACAGCUGUGGACAGACCACCGAAGCUAUGUUGCGGAGAGAAAGGGGAGGUGGAUAGAUAUUUGGUGAAAUACAGAGUAAAAGUACUGCCUUUUGUGACAUGUAGAGAAGUGUUUGUGUGGGAGAGAAAGGUAGCUCAAGAUAAGGGAAGGUAUAUGAAUUCCCACAGUACAUGUUGACCAUUUUCAAUAUUAUCAUAUCUAUGUCUGCCCCUGUGAUUGGAGCCAAGACCUGCACUAGUGAACUUUUAAUGUAAAUAAAAAAAUAAAAACCUGUCUGAGUUGGAAAUACUUGAAUAAAUGGUUUACCAGGCUAAAAGA